AUGAGGGUGCCGUGUUGUUCGGUGUGCCAGAACAAGUACAACGAGGACGAGCGGUGCCCUCUUCUCCUCCAAUGCGGCCAUGGCUUCUGCCGCGAGUGCCUCACAAAAAUGUUCUCCGCCUCGCCGGAUUCGUCCCUCUCCUGCCCCCGCUGCCGCCAGGUCUCCACCGUCGGGAACUCGGUCUCCGCCCUCAAGAAGAACUACGCCGUGCUGUCGUUGAUCCAGGAAGGUGCGGAUGAGGAAGAGGACGACGAGGAGGAAGACGGCGAAGGUAGCGAGGUGGACCCAGGUGAUGGAAUUUUCGGCGCCGUCAAUAGUGACUGUUGUGGAAAUAGCAAUAACAAUCAUAAUAGCAGUAAUAAUAAUGUCAAUAGUGCAAGCAAUGGUUGUUUUAGUAACAACGGGAGCCGAAGAGUGGAGGAUGGGUUUAGAGGCAGGAGGAUAGAUUUGGGACUGCACAAGGAAGUGAAGAUGGUGAGGAGGAUAGGGGAUGGGAGCAGUCCGAGGCCAGGUGUCGAGAUGUGGGCCGCUGUUGUUUCCGGUAGAGGGUGUAAGCAUAAGAUGGCGGUUAAGAAGGUGGUGGUCAGGGAUGAGAUUGAUGUGGUUUGGAUGCAAGGACAGCUGGAGGAGCUCAGAAGGAAAUCAAUGUGGUGCAGAAAUGUAUGCACCUUCCAUGGAGCCACCAGGUUGGAGGGUAACCUUUGUUUGGUUAUGGAUCGGUGUCAUGGGUCUGUACAGACGGCAAUGCAGCGUAAUGGAGGGCGCCUCACUCUCGAGCAGAUACUUAGAUAUGGAGCAGAUAUUGCCCUGGGGGUUGCUGAGCUUCAUGCAGCUGGUGUUGUUUGUAUGAAUAUUAAACCAUCCAACAUGCUCUUAGAUGAAAAUGGUCAUGCCGUGGUCUCUGAUUAUGGGCUUUCAGCAAUCCUGAAAAAACCUGAUUGCAGGAAAGCUAGUAAAGAGUGUGAAUCUUCAAAGAUCCAUUCAUGUAUGGAUUGCACGAUGCUGAUCCCAAAUUAUACUGCCCCUGAGGCCUGGGAACCUGUAAAAAAGUCGCUACAUCUUUUCUGGGAUGAUGCUAUUGGCAUAUCUACAGAGUCUGAUGCCUGGAGCUUCGGCUGUACAUUAGUGGAGAUGUGCACAGGAUCUAAGCCGUGGGCCGGCCUAAGUGCUGAAGAAAUCUAUCAAUAUGUUGUCAAAGCUAAAAAACAACCUCCUCAAUAUGCUAGUGUUGUUGGUGUUGGAAUACCUAGAGAACUAUGGAAAAUGAUUGGUGACUGCCUGCAGUUCAGGGCAUCGAAAAGACCAACUUUUCAUUCUAUGUUGUCAAUUUUUCUUCGGCACUUGCAGGAAAUCCCUAGGAGCCCUCCAGCGAGCCCAGAGAAUGACUUGCCUAUAAAUCCUGUGAUGAAUGGACUAGUGCCGACCCCGGCAGCUGAGCAGCAGGUGCCGCUUGCAAACCCAAAUCUUUUGCACCGACUUAUCUCUGAAGGCAAUUUGAAUGCUGUUCGGGAGUUUCUAUUGAAGACUUCUUCUAGACAUGGUCAAGGUUUAUUAAACUCUAUUUUAGAAGCACAAAAUGCCGAAGGCCAAACUGCUCUGCAUCUGGCUUGUAGACGGGGCAGCGUCGAGCUUGUUGAAGCUAUUUUGGAGUGCAAAGAGUCGAAUGUUGAUGUUCUCGACAAAGACGGUGAUCCCCCUCUUGUCUUUGCUCUUGCAGCUGGAUCGCCUGAGUGUGUUCGUGCACUCAUUAAACACCAUGCUAAUGUCAGGUCCAGGUUACGGGAAGGCCUUGGUCCAUCAGUUGCCCAUGUCUGUGCUUACCAUGGCCAACCCGACUGCAUGCGAGAGCUAUUACUGGCGGGUGCCGAUCCAAAUGCAGUUGACGAUGAAGGCGAAUCAGUGCUUCAUAGGGCUGUUGCAAAGAAAUACACGGACUGUGCUAUAGUCAUAUUGGAAAAUGGAGGCUGUAAAUCUAUGAGAAUCCUGAACUCAAAACAUUUGACGCCACUGCACUUGUGUAUAAUGACAUGGAAUGUAGCUGUUGUCAAAAGAUGGGUAGAGCUUGCAUCUGCAGAAGGCAUUGCUGAAGCUAUAGAUAUCCAGGGCCCUGUCGGAACAGCUUUGUGCAUGGCAGCUGCCUUGAAGAAAGAUCAUGAAUCUGAGGGUAGAGAACUGGUAAGGAUACUUCUAGCUGCCGGAGCAGAUGCAAGAGCUCAAGACAGCCAACACGCCCAAACUGCUUUGCAUACUGCUGCAAUGUCGAAUGAUGUUGAGUUAGUCAAGAUCAUAUUGGAAGCUGGUGUAGAUGUGAAUAUCAGGAAUCAGCAGAAAACCAUACCUCUCCAUGUGGCAUUGGCUAGAGGUGCAAAAUCUUGUGUUGGGUUGCUUCUGUCAGCUGGGGCAAAUUGCAAUCUGGAGGAUGAUGAUGGUGACAACGCGUUUCAUAUAGCAGCUGACACGGCAAAGAUGAUACGUGAGAAUUUUGAGUGGAUCCGUAUUAUGCUUAGAUAUCCUGAUGCUGCCGUACAUGUUAGGAACCACAGGCUAACAUUACGGGACUUCUUAGAGGCUCUUCCUCGGGAAUGGAUUUCUGAAGAUCUUAUGGAGGCACUGCUGGAGAAGGGAGUCCAGUUGUCUCCUACAGCAUACCAGGUUGGUGACUGGGUGAAGUACAGAAAAAGUGUUAAAGAACCAACUUACGGAUGGCAAAAUGUCACACAUAAGAGUGUUGGUUUUGUGCAAAAAGUCCCUGACAAUGACCAUCUUAUUGUAGCAUUUUGUUCUCGAGACACUCCAGCUCAAGUACUAACGAAUGAAGUCAUAAAAGUGAUUCCGCUUGACAGAGGGCAGCAUGUUCAGCUUAAGUCCGAUGUCAUUGAGCCCAGAUUUGGGUGGCGUGGCCCAUCACGAGACAGCAUUGGAACAGUUCUUUGUGUUGAUGAUGAUGGAAUACUGCGUGUUGGUUUUCCUGGAGCAUCCAGAGGAUGGAAAGCAGAUCCUGCAGAAAUGGAAAGAGUUGAAGAAUUUAAAGUAGGAGAUUGGGUUCGUAUUAGGCCUGCACUGACUACAGCUAAACAUGGACUUGGAGCCGUUACUCCAGGAAGCAUCGGGGUAGUGUAUUGCAUUAGGCCAGAUAAUAGUAUACUAUUGGAGAUAAGCUAUCUUCCUUCUCCUUGGCAUUGUGAACCUGAAGAGGUUGAACAUGUGGAGCCAUUUAGGAUUGGAGAUCGAGUUUGCGUGAAGCGUUCUGUUGCCGAGCCUCGGUAUGCUUGGGGUGGUGAAACUCAUCACAGUGUUGGAAAAAUUAGUGAGAUAGAGAAUGACGGUCUUUUGAUAAUUGAAAUUCCAAAUCGCCCUAUUCCAUGGCAGGCUGAUCCAUCUGACAUGGAGAAGGUAGAGGAUUUCAAGGUUGGGGAUUGGGUUAGGAUUAAAGCUUCUGUUCCCUCACCGAUAUACGGUUGGGAGGACGUUACAAGAAACAGUAUAGGUAUUAUCCACAGCUUGGAGGAGGAUGGUGACAUGGGAGUAGCAUUUUGCUUUCGGAGCAAACUUUUCCGCUGUUCAGUGACUGAUGUUGAGAAGGUACCUCCCUUUGAAUUGGGGCAGGAGAUUCAUGUGAUCCCAUCUGUAUCUCAGCCUCGGCUUGGGUGGUCAAACGAGUCACCCGCUACUGUUGGAAAAAUUGUGAGAAUCGACAUGGAUGGUGCUUUAAAUGUCAAAGUUGCUGGAAGGCAUAGUUUAUGGAAGGUCUCCCCAGGAGACGCCGAAAGGCUUCCGGAUUUCGAAGUGGGCAACUGGGUGCGUUCGAAGCCAAGCCUGGGCACCAGACCAAGCUACGACUGGAACAGCAUCGGGAAAGAAGGCCUGGCCGUCGUGCACAGCGUGCAGGACACCGGGUAUCUCGAGCUUGCCUGCUGCUUCCGCAAGGGCCGAUGGAGCACCCACUACUCGGACGUCGAGAAGGUCCCCGCCUUCAAAGUCGGACAGCACGUCCGGUUCCGGGCUGGGCUUGUCGAGCCUCGCUGGGGCUGGAGGGGUGCUCAGCCCAGCUCAUGCGGGGUCGUCGUGGGCGUCAAUGCCGAUGGCGAGGUCCGUCUCGUUCUCCGUGGCCCGCCGGGCGGCGGGCUGUGGAAGGCUGAUCCAGCAGACCUCGAGCCCGAAUUGAUCUACGAGGUUGGCGAGUGGGUCCGGCUGAGCAGGCACUCAGGCGACUGGAAAUCGGUCCGGUCAGGCUGCGUGGGCGUGGUGCAGGGGCUCGGGUACGAGAAUGACGAGUGGGACGGGAAUUUGCAUGUCGCUUUCUGUGGGGAGAAUGAGCUCUGGAUUGGACCUGCGGCCGACUUGGAGAAAGCCGAACGGUUCGUUGUGGGGCAGCGUGUGAGGGUCACGCCCUCAGUCAACCCUCCGCGGUUCGGCUGGUCAGGACACGACCAUUCGAGCGUGGGGACAGUUUCGUCAAUCGAUGCUGAUGGGAAGCUGAGGAUAUACACGCCCGCAGGUUCGAAGGUUUGGGUGCUUGACCCCUCGGAAGUCGAGGUCGUGGAGGAACAGGAGCUGAGGGUCGGGGACUGGGUCCGGGCCAGGCCGGGCUUGUCCAGCCCGACCCACCAGUGGGGGGAAGUGUCGUACUCGAGCAUUGGGGUGGUGCACCGCAUGGAGGACGAGGAUUUGUGGGUUGCAUUCUGCUUUCUCGACCGUCUGUGGGUUUGCAAGGCGUGGGAGAUGGAGAAGGUGAGGCCGUUUAUUGUUGGUGAUAGGGUGAGGAUAAAGGAAGGUCUGGUGACCCCAAGGUGGGGUUGGGGCAUGGAGACGCACACUAGUAAGGGGGAGGUUGUGGGGGUCGAUGCAAACGGGAAAUUGAGGAUUAAGUUUAGGUUGCGUGAAGGGAGGCCGUGGAUUGGGGACCCUGCAGAUAUUGUGCUUGACGAGAGUUGA